ACACACAGAUGGCGUUUCGGUUGACGAAAGAAAGAUGGCGGCUUCGCCCAAAUAUAGAUUGAAACAAGUCCCAACUGAUAUCUGGUCAAUUAAAGAAAGAUUAUGCCUUGCAUCAUCUGUUCUACGAAGUGGAGAUCAGAACUGGGUUUCAGUUAGUCGAGCUAUUCGACCAUUUGGAGAAGCAAACAGACCACCAGACUGGUUUUCUCAGAAGAAUUGUGCCAUUCAAUAUUCAGAUCUUUUAGAAAAAGUGGAAACUCCUAAACGUAAAAGAGGAGAUCGUGCAGACGUCGAAACACCUGGUAAUUUAAUUGUGAGAAAACUUACUAUAGAAAGAAUUGAAGAAUUAAAGCGAAUAAUCAGUGAAGAGCAACAAAGACAUAGAAAAUUAAAACAAGAAGUUGAAGCAGUUAAAAGUGGUUGUGUUGAUGAUAGAUUAGAAGAUGUAUGGAAUAAAAUUCAAGAAGAAAUUAAAUUAAAAGCAGCUGCAGAAGCAUCAUAUCAGAAAUGGUUACAAGAAAGAGAAGCAAAAAUCAAUGCAAUGAAAGCAACACCAAAACCAGUUGGAAAAUCAAAGAAAUUGUUUCCAAGACAGCCUCGUGUAGAAGAAGUACGUAGGAACAGUUCUCAAUCAGAACAAAGUGAACAAGAAAGUAUAAUAGAUUCACCUCUUAGUGAACCUUUAAAUGCAGAUGUGGAUGAUGUAUCUAGUCCUCAGUCAACAAUCUCUCAUACAGAUGGAAUUUCAAGUACAAUCUCCACAAAAGUUUCAGUACCUAGCAUUACAAUUUGUACUUCAACUCAUGGGUCACAAACUCCUUCAACUUCACCUUUACUCACAUCUUUGUUAAAAAGUCCGACACCAGCUACUCCUAUAUCUCCAACAAUCACCUCAGUUCUGACUUCACCCACACCACAACCAAAAGAAGGAACACUACCUACAACUCAAACUAGUCCUCGCCCAAUAUCAACACCACAGCCAUUUUUUAAUCCAACUAGUGCUUUGGCCACAGCUGCUGCUCGUCAGUUAGCAGUUGCAACUGCACCAUCAUCAAACACUUCAUCUGUAGAUUCUUUGUUCUUAAAGGAUAAAGCUCAUUCUGCAAAUCAGAACAUAAAUAAUGAAGGAAAUAUCCCACCUAUCGUUACUCAUUCAUCUACCUCAUCUGCACCUACACUAUCAAAAUUAUUAGAAUUGCCUCCAGGUGUUCCUGGGAAGCUUCCUCCCUUACCUAUUAUUCAAACGGAACAAGAGGUUUCAUCAACUGGAGAAAUUCCUACUGUUUCUACUGUGACAAUUACAACUGUAACUACAACUUCAUCAUCUGCUAUAACUAAUGUUGUUUCAGUAACAUCAGAAGAAGUAGUUGAAUCAUCCAGAGAAAAGACUGAAUCUGACAGUUUAAUAUCAUCUACAGAAGAUGAAAAGAUAACAGAAACAAAGGAUGACAUUUGCAAGCAUAAAGUUGAUAUAAAAAUUGAGCCAGCAUCACCUCCUAGAAAUAAAGAAGAAAUUGAAGAAAAUGAAAUAGAAAACACUGAAGUUGUUGAUAAAGUAGAAGAGUUACAAGAAAUUAAAAAGGAAGUUAUCCAUUCUGAAAGUAUUGAAGAAAAUGAAAUAGUUGUGAAAAAUGAAGAAGUUGGAAAUGAAAAUUUAGAGAAAGAAGAAUCAUUAUUGGAAAAAGUAUUUGAUGAAAAUAUAAAUGAAGACAAGCAGAAAGAACAGCCAAGCAACAAUACUUUUACAUAUGAAAAGGUGGAAGAAAAUAUUGUAAAUGAAGAACAAAACACAACAGUUACAACAGAAAAAGAAACAGAUAUAUCAUCAUCAAAUCAUUCAGAUCCAGAAGUUGUAUCAAAAGUUACAACUGAAAAAGUAAUCGAAAAGGUGGCAGAUGAAGCUGUAAUCCAAGAUAAGAAACAGUUGCCUGUAGAAGAAGAAACAGCUGAAUCCAAAAAAGAUGAAAACAAAGAUGUUAAUACUAAACAACAAAGUGUAGAAACUGAAAAAACACUAACUGAAGAUGAAAAAAAGAAUAAACCUAUUGAAGAACCAGCAAAAGAAGCAGUAGUAAUAGUAGAAUCAGAUAAAGUAAUAGAAGAAUUAAAAAUUAUCCGCAAACAUUCCGGCAAGAGAGGCCGGAAAGGAAGAGGGGGGAGAACAAAUAGACACAUUCAUGUUCAUGAAGAUUUAGAAGAUUCUUUUGGAGAUAAAAAAAGUGAUAAAGAAAAAACCAAUUCAAGUUUGCCUCAUUCAGAAUUAACAGCUAAGCAAGUUGUAAAUGAUCAUCAGGAAAAAGCUAAUGAAACACAACAUUCUAGUUGUAAAUCAGACUCUACUAAUCAACAAUCAGAUGCUUCUACAGAGCAAACAUUAUUAGAAACUAAACGUAAACCUCUAUUAUCAAUUAGUGAAUCUAUUCCCAACAGUCCAGCAUCUACAUCUCAAAGGAUGACAAAAGGAACACCUACACUAUCAAAAUUAUUAGAAUUGCCUCCAGGUGUUCCUGGGAAGCUUCCUCCCUUACCUAUUAUUCAAACGGAACAAGAGGUUUCAUCAACUGGAGAAAUUCCUACUGUUUCUACUGUGACAAUUACAACUGUAACUACAACUUCAUCAUCUGCUAUAACUAAUGUUGUUUCAGUAACAUCAGAAGAAGUAGUUGAAUCAUCCAGAGAAAAGACUGAAUCUGACAGUUUAAUAUCAUCUACAGAAGAUGAAAAGAUAACAGAAACAAAGGAUGACAUUUGCAAGCAUAAAGUUGAUAUAAAAAUUGAGCCAGCAUCACCUCCUAGAAAUAAAGAAGAAAUUGAAGAAAAUGAAAUAGAAAACACUGAAGUUGUUGAUAAAGUAGAAGAGUUACAAGAAAUUAAAAAGGAAGUUAUCCAUUCUGAAAGUAUUGAAGAAAAUGAAAUAGUUGUGAAAAAUGAAGAAGUUGGAAAUGAAAAUUUAGAGAAAGAAGAAUCAUUAUUGGAAAAAGUAUUUGAUGAAAAUAUAAAUGAAGACAAGCAGAAAGAACAGCCAAGCAACAAUACUUUUACAUAUGAAAAGGUGGAAGAAAAUAUUGUAAAUGAAGAACAAAACACAACAGUUACAACAGAAAAAGAAACAGAUAUAUCAUCAUCAAAUCAUUCAGAUCCAGAAGUUGUAUCAAAAGUUACAACUGAAAAAGUAAUCGAAAAGGUGGCAGAUGAAGCUGUAAUCCAAGAUAAGAAACAGUUGCCUGUAGAAGAAGAAACAGCUGAAUCCAAAAAAGAUGAAAACAAAGAUGUUAAUACUAAACAACAAAGUGUAGAAACUGAAAAAACACUAACUGAAGAUGAAAAAAAGAAUAAACCUAUUGAAGAACCAGCAAAAGAAGCAGUAGUAAUAGUAGAAUCAGAUAAAGUAAUAGAAGAAUUAAAAAUUAUCCGCAAACAUUCCGGCAAGAGAGGCCGGAAAGGAAGAGGGGGGAGAACAAAUAGACACAUUCAUGUUCAUGAAGAUUUAGAAGAUUCUUUUGGAGAUAAAAAAAGUGAUAAAGAAAAAACCAAUUCAAGUUUGCCUCAUUCAGAAUUAACAGCUAAGCAAGUUGUAAAUGAUCAUCAGGAAAAAGCUAAUGAAACACAACAUUCUAGUUGUAAAUCAGACUCUACUAAUCAACAAUCAGAUGCUUCUACAGAGCAAACAUUAUUAGAAACUAAACGUAAACCUCUAUUAUCAAUUAGUGAAUCUAUUCCCAACAGUCCAGCAUCUACAUCUCAAAGUGAUGAUCAAGAAAACAUUAAAGAUUAUAGAACAUGGAAAAAAGCUAUUAUGCUUGUUUGGAAUGCAGCAGCUAAUCACAAAUAUGCAAAUACUUUCCUACAUCCAGUUACUGAUGAUGUAGCACCAGGUUAUCACAGCAUAGUUUACAGACCAAUGGAUCUCUCUGCUAUUAAGAAAAACAUUGAAAAUGGUGUAAUUAAAACAACUAUGGAAUUUCAAAGAGAUAUGAUGCUUAUGUUUCAGAAUGCAGUUAUGUAUAACAGUUCUGAUCAUGAUGUGUUUCACAUGGCUGUAGAGAUGCAAAAAGAAGUGAUGGAACAUAUUCAGGAUUUCCUGGCAACACAGCUGAUGGUUCAAACAGCAGAUACUAAAGUUUUAAGAGGAAGAGAGAGAGAACCUAGGGAAAGAAAAAGUGAUGGUGAUAAGGAUGACAAAAGGAAGUAUCCUUACAUGACCGACAGCGAACCAAAAGCAAAGAAACGAAGAACACGAGAAUAAUUAAGUUAUUCGUAAAAAGUCUUUUGUACAGAAACAUUCCAUUUCAUAGUCAUAAAAAACUUUUGUAAUAUCUUUAUUAAUAAAAAUUUUCUAAGUAUUAUUGAAAUUUUAUGCAGUAUACAGGAGAUCAGGUAUGUCAAAUGUUUAGAUUUUAUAAUGAUUAGUAAGUUGAGAAUGCUUUAGACACUUGAAAGACAAACAUUUUCAAUAAGUGUUUAAGUUAUGAUUAAUAACUACUUAAUAAAUAAAUGUUUAAUAUAUAAUGUACAACAG